AUGCGCCGUGUACCUGUAGAGAAGAGGCCAAACGCCACGCGCCUCGUGCAAAGUCAAGGCCUUGUCUACGCCGACCUCGUCACGCCAGGCGGAACAGAGCCAUACUGGCCCGAUGACCGCUACUAUUCCUUCACCUCUAAGGAGGUGGAACUACUGGAGACCGCAUCCAAGGAUGUCUUCGCAAUGUGCUGCGAAGCGGUAGACUAUCUCGUGGAGCACCAAGAUAUUAUCACGGACAAGAUGGGCGUUCCCGCGUACACGCUUCAACAAAUAGUCGACUCGUGGGAACGAGAGCCUGCUUGGGGAAGCAUCUACGGUCGCUUCGACGUCUGCUUUGGCGGCCUUGAGCACCCUGAUCCGCGGCUCCGCGUGCCAAAGUUCUACGAAUUCAAUGCCGAUACGCCAACAACGUUGAUCGAGGCGGCAUCGAUCCAGUGGCUUUGGUUAGAACAAACGGGCCACGGUAACGAUCAGUUCAAUCACAUCACCGAAAUGCUCAUUGAAGGCUGGAAGCGCAACUUAAAUCUCAUAGAGGAAAAGCUGGGCUUCAAACCCAUGGUGCACUUUGCCGUCGGAGAAGGUGAGCGAACCUUCGAAGACGGGUCAAAUACGACGGUUCUGAUGGAUACAUGCCACCAGGCUGGUUGGCGAACCAAAGCAAUCACGGUGGAGGAAAUCUCCCUGGCCAAAACCGACGGCCGCUUCUACGACCUACAAGGCCAGCACAUUGACGUUAUAUUCAAGCUGUACCCAUGGGAGUAUAUGGUUGAGCAGAAGUUUGGAGAGCCGUGCUUCAAGGACAUGGCGAACAUCGGGAAACGCAACGAGGCGGGAGAGUACAUUGGAGGCACGAUCUGGAUCGAGCCACCGUAUAAGCUGGUGUGGAGCAACAAAGCACUCUUCGCUGUUUUGUGGGAGCUCUUUAAGAAUGAUCCGCGCGCAAAGUGGCUACUUCCUACUUAUUUUGACAACGAGGUGCCUACUUCGUUGACAAGAUUUGCACGAAAGCCGAUUUUCUCCCGUGAAGGUGCCGACGUGGUGCUCAAAGUCGACGGAGAGGUGCUUCAGGACUUGUCUCGGGGAUAUUAUGGAGCAGAGGGACACAUUGUGCAGGAGCUCGCAUUGCCUCCGGACUUUAGAGAUGCGCAAGGUCGCUCAAACUAUCCCGUCCUGGGUCUUUGGUUUGUUGACGGCGAAUGUGUGGGCAUGGGCAUUCGCGAAGACAGGACACCCAUCACGACCAACGACUCGAGAUUCAUCCCCCAUUCCAUAUCGGAUGGACCCAUCAACUACGAACGACAUCCCGUUCCAGGUCCUGAGGAAAUUGAGUCACAGAUCAGGAUUGGCUUGAUUGAAGACGGAAUUGGCGAGCAGAAGGGAGAUGAGCUUUUAGACUACAUAAAAAGGAUCAUCACCCCGUAG